UCUUUGUUGUGUUUGCUUCACAGAGGGGGGAAGUAGACAGAAGGGAGAGACCACCUCCCACCUCUUGCAUUCUUGAACACAGAUUGUGAAACUCCAACAAGGCAGAAGUUAAUUUGGAGAUUAUAAACCAGGUCCCUCAGUGGUUUGACAUACUUCGGUUCCUGCUGAAGUUGAAGAAGCAACUAGAAUUGGCAGAGAGCAAAUGAAACAUAGUGCUAAUCAGUCAUGAAGUUACUGGGAUGCCUGCUUGUCCUUACUGGUGUAGUAUGCUGUACUGCAGCACCAGCAUCUGAUACAGAAAAACCUCCAGAUUCCUGUGGAACGCCGCCAAGAUUUCUAGAUCGAGAACUGCAGGGUGACUGGAAUAAAGAAUUGUAUAAUUCUGGUGAAUUUGUACAGUAUUCCUGCAGACCUGGCUUCAGCCGCCUUGGACCCAUUCGCUAUGUAUGUAGUAAGGGCAAGUGGGAAAAUGCAAGUACUGGACAAUGCAAAAAGAAAUCAUGUGGACAUCCUGGAGAUAUCGAAUUUGGUACAUUUGAGCUGAAGAAAGAAGACUCAUUUGUGUUUGGAGCACUUGUUGAAUACAUUUGUAAUGACGGGUAUCAAAUGAUUAGCAGACAUAGAACAAGAGAAUGUUCAGCAACAGGAUGGACCAAUUAUCGUCCCGAAUGUGAAGUACGAUUUUGCCCACCAGUUCAAGUUAGCAACAAUGUCAAUCUUUUAACUACUUCUUAUGAAGAAGAGUAUUCUGUCGGCCAAGUAAUACGAUUUGAAUGUAAAAACGCUAACCAGAAACUAAACGGCGCCUCUGAGGUUUUCUGUACAUCUGAAGGAGAAUGGAAUGCAGAACCACCAACAUGUGAAGAAGUCAAGUGCAGCCCACCAAAGAUUAUUCAUGGCACAGUACGCAAUCCUAAACCUACUUAUAAGGACAGAGAAACCUUGGAAUUUUCAUGUGAACAAGGAUAUAAAACAUCUACAUCCAAUCAACUUACAUGCACAAAAAAUGAUUGGAGCCCCACACCUAUAUGUGAAGACAUUGUUUGCUACAAAGAGACUGUAAGAAAUGGUAUUGUCCAAUACAACAAGGAAACAUAUAUAGACGGAGAAACUGUUACACUCACAUGCAAUGAAGGAUACCAAAUUGAGCACACACCCGAGAAACCCAGGACAUGCACAGCACAUGGGUGGAGCCCACCUCUGAAUUGUAUUAGGAAAAAAUGUUCUCAACCUAAUCCACAAAAUGGAUACAUCGAAGAUCGGUACAAUUUCCCAAUAAGUCCGGAUGCUUAUUAUAAUUCGAUUUAUUAUCACUGUAAUUCUGGGUAUCUAUCUAAAGACAGAAAAAAUUACUGGGGAGAAACAACUUGUACAAAAACUGGAUGGAAUCCUGAGCCAAAGUGUUCUAAAAAAUGUGAUGUCCCUUCUUCAGACUCAAUAAAUGCAAAUUUUCAGCACUCAUGGCCACAAAUAUAUAUUGAAGGAGACAAAUUAAGAUUUCAGUGUUAUAGAGACCAUAAGACUUCAAAUGGACAGACAACUGGAGAAAUUGAAUGUCUUCCAGAUGGCAAAUUUUCAGCGGAAAAAUGUUCUAAAUCUUGCCAGAAACCAAACCUGGCUAAUAUGAAAUAUAAACCAAAUGAGAAUGUAUUUGAGGUUGGAGCGUACUUCAUAUAUAAAUGUAAAGAAGGAUUUAUCAGUAGAGAUAACAAAGUUGAAGGCGUAAGUCAGUGCGGCAAUGAUGGAUGGCAGCCUUAUCCAGAAUGCAGAGAUGGAACAAUUGAGUCUUUACCUACCCUAUAUUUGACCAAGCGAAAAGAGUCAAAAUGUCCUUCUAUAGCUGAGCCAUCAAAUGCUCGAGUGAUAAAUCCAAAGACUGAAUAUUUUAAUGGAGAUGAGAUAGAGAUUGAGUGUGAUACUGGAUAUCAGAUGUAUGGUUCAGAAAAAGGUCUAUGUAAAGAUGGAAAAUGGCAGUCUCCCCCUUGGUGCACAGAGAAAAAACGAUGCACAAGGAAUCCACCACAAAUACCUAAUGGCGAGAUCAGUGAAGAAUCUGUAGCAGACCAAUAUUAUUCUGGAAGCACGGUGAAAUACAGAUGUGCAGAUGGUUAUCGCAUCAUUGGCUCUGAUGAAAGUAAAUGUAUUGAUGGAAAGUGGCUACCACUACCUACCUGUGAAGGUAAUUCCUGUGGAAAGCCUCGAGAAAUAUUAAAUGGAAGAGCUGAAGAUAAAGUAUACAAACAUCGUGAACGUGCUUCCUAUAUUUGUAACAAGGGGUAUAAGUUGUCUCAAGCUGAACCUGCAUCAUGCGAUCUUGGAAAAUGGAAGGAUAUUCCACAGUGUAUAGAUUCCUCAUGUGGACUGCCACCAAAAAUGACUAAUGGAAGACUCAAAGAAGCACAAAAGGCCAAAUAUUUGUCAGGUGAAAGAGCAACUUAUGAGUGUUACGGAGGCUAUACAAUGAGACAAAAUGCAAAUUAUAUCACCUGCGAGAACUCCGAAUGGACGGAACUACCAGUAUGCAGAAUAAUUGGACAGACCUGCGGCGCACCACCAGUAGUGCAAUUUGGAGACAUCACAGAAAUAAAACAAAAGACCUAUCAAUCAGGCUCUUCUGUAAUAUAUAAGUGUGCAAAUUUUUAUAAGCUUGAAGGACAACAAAAAAUUACAUGUCGGGAUGGAGAAUGGGAAAAGGAGCCAGUCUGUCGAGAAAUUGGACAGACCUGCGGCCCACCACCAGUAGUGCAAUUUGGAGACAUCACAGAAAUAAAACAAAAGACCUAUCAAUCAGGCUCUUCUGUAAUAUAUAAGUGUGCAAAUUUUUAUAAGCUUGAUGGAGAACAAGAAAUUACAUGUUGGGGUGGAGAAUGGGAAAAGGAGCCAGUCUGUCGAGAAAUUGGACAGACCUGCGGCCCACCACCAGUAGUGCAAUUUGGAGACAUCACAGAAAUAAAACAAAAGACCUAUCAAUCAGGCUCUUCUGUAAUAUAUAAGUGUGCAAAUUUUUAUAAGCUUGAAGGAGAACAAAAAAUUACAUGUCGAGAUGGAGAAUGGGAAAAGGAGCCAGUCUGUCGAGAAAUUGGACAGACCUGCGGCCCACCACCAGUAGUGCAAUUUGGAGACAUCACAGAAAUAAAACAAAAGACCUAUCAAUCAGGCUCUUCUGUAAUAUAUAAGUGUGCAAAUUUUUAUAAGCUUGAUGGAGAACAAGAAAUUACAUGUUGGGAUGGAGAAUGGGAAAAGGAGCCAGUCUGUCGAGUACCUUGUAUAGUAAAAGAAACCGACUUGCAACAAAACAAUAUACAGUUUAAAUUUAAAUUAGGAGAAGAAAAAAACAAAAAACUAUACAGUGAACACGCAGAAAAUAUGACCUUUGAAUGCAAACCUGGAUAUCAGAUAUCUGAUACAAGUCUUCUGAGAAUUCAGUGCUUGGAGGGUGUGCUAAAAUACCCAAGAUGCCUAAAGGAAGGUACCUGUGUUCUACAACAAAGAGAAAUGUCUAUUAAUAAUAUUCAUUACAACAAAAGCACUGAGAUCGAAAAUGGGCAAACCAUUGAAUUUGAAUGUGAGGAAGGAAUGUUAUCAGAAAACCUGCGAGCAACAUGUAAAAAUAAGCAAAUAAAGUACCCGAAAUGUUCUGCUGGACGGUCAUGUCCUCCUCCUGACAUUUCAAAUGCGAUACUUUCUCCUAAAAAACAAGAUGGUUAUGAAUCUGGGUCUUCAGCGAAUUUUAAAUGUGAAAACACAUUUGUGCUCAGUGGAAACAUAAAUGCAAAAUGUGAAAAUGGUAAAUGGGAUGAACUUCCACAAUGCCUCAAGCCUUGCACAAUUGAUUCCAGCAAUUUGGAGAGAAAUCACAUUGAAUUUGUGCCAACAGAAAGGACUCCAGAGAUACUUGAACAUGGCACAGAUCUGAAUCUAAAAUGCAAAGCAAAUUUUAAACGCCAAGGAUCCCUAAUAGCUUCAUGUUAUGAUGGAGCAAUGAAAUAUCCAAGGUGUUUCUCUGGUGGUACAUGUCGCAUAAUCCAAAUGGAUCUUGAUGAUAACUUCUUAGAACUGGAUGAAAGGCAUGAAAAUGAGGUGUUUUAUGAAGAAGGAGAAACUGUCAGCUUUACAUGUAAAACUGGAUAUAGAAACAGGGAUGGACUGACAGGAACAUGUACUAAAUCAGAAGCAAAACAACCAGCUGAAUAUACACUGACUUAUCCUACGUGUACAUAAGAAUCUGCGGUGUGAAGAUUAUAUGAUGUUACUUACCUACAUUUAGAAAAUGUUUCCAUUUGAACAAAGCAAUUAUUGGAAAAGAAUCUUGGAGUUUUUCAUCUGAAGGAAGGACUUUCAUAUGAUAUGUACAAUGAUGGAUGAAGAAAUUAUUACACAAAUUAGUUAUGGCAUUAAACAGAUUUGUUCACAUAUUUUGCCUUCACUGUGUGGAUUAACUUUGCGUGGAAACAAAUUAAUAAAGCAUUGUGCAGUGACCUAUAUUUACGGCCAUACAAAAAUUGUGCAUUUCACACAAGUCAUUAAAGUCUGGUAUUGGUUUUA